GCCCCUCGGCGGCGGCUGCGGCGGAGGCAUGAUGGCCGAUGGCGGCGGCCCUUCAGAGGAGCCCGGCACUCGGGGCUCUCCCGGGCCGGCGCCGCGGCUUCCGCGCGCGGUUGGGCCGAGUGGCGGUGGCGGAGAGACCCCGCGGACUGCGGCGCUGGCGCUGCGCUUCGACAAGCCCAUCAAGCAGGCCUUUUACAACACCGGGGCCGUGCUGUUUGUGUGCCUGUGUUGCGGCGCCGCGGUGCUGGUCUACUUCAUCCUAGAGGCCUUCCUGCGGCCGCUGCUUUGGGCGGUGCUGUGCGGCACCUUCUUGCAUCCCUUCAAAAGCUCGCUGACGCGCCUGGGCCGCCACUGGCUUCAGCGCCUGCACCGCGCGCACACGCCCAUCGUGCUGGCUGCGCUGCUGCUGCCGCUCUGCUUCGUCGACUACGGCGUCGAGGCCCUGGGCGAGCAGGCGCUGCGCCGCCGCCGCCUGCUCUUGCUGCUCGGCGCCGGCGGCCCGCUCCUGUACGGCCUCUACUGCCUCGGCAGCUACCUGGGCGUGCAGGUGCUGCUGGUGCACGCCGCGGCGCUCAUCUGCCGCGGGCUGGACUACUUCAGCAGCCUGUGGAUCUGGACGUUGGUGGUUGGCUAUGUGUUGACUGUUUCAUUCAAGUGGAAUGCAAGCACUGAACGCUACUUGAGAGCAAUUUCAAUUCCUGUCUGGAUUAUAUUGCUUUUUCAUUUAGCAUCCCUGGCUGGCUCAUGGAGAAUUCCAGUAUUCCUGGUUAUUGUUUUCCUGAUGUCUGUGGGCACCCUCUAUGAAAAACAGAAUGAAAAAGAGUCUUCUGGGGCAGAGUUACCAGGGCAGGUUAUCUCCAUGGCAGCUUCUACUCUGGCAAACUUGGCCAUCUCUAUCACAGGGUAUGAAUCAAGCAGUGAAGACCAGCUCUCCACUCAGCCUGCAGAAGCAGUGGACAGGGAAGAAUCCCCUCCAACAUUAUCUACCUCCCCUUCACCCUCCUCCCCUUCACCCACUUCCCCUUCACCCACUCUGGGCAGACGAAGGCCCGAAAUAGGAACGUUUCUUAGAAAGAAGAAAACUAGUGACAUCUACUUCGUGUCUCUGGUCUGGGCCAUUGUCGUCGUGCAGAUCUGGUUGAACCUGUGGAUUGUGCAGUUGCUGCCAGUGCCGAUUGCAGUCUGGAUACUGAAAAAGCUUGUCAUUCACUUUGGAGUUGUGGACUUCCUGGAGAAACACUACCAUGUGUGGUGGGGUAUUAUAGAAAGCUUCCUGAAGGAGCGGCAGGGAGCUCUCGCGCCUUGGCCCAUUGUUGGGCUUGGAAAAUUCUUGUUAAAAGUUGAUAGCAAGCUCUGGCACUGGCUAAAUAAGAAGAUGAUCAUCUGGUUGGAGAAGAUGUUAGAUAAAAUAAUUAGCAUUUUCAUCAUAUUUUUGUUAGUGAUAGGAACUCUUCUUUUAGCCCUACUCCUGACUGCAAAGGUACAUCAAGAGAGUGUACACAUGAUUGAAGUCACAAGUAAUUUGAUUAAUGAAACUCUAGCAAAUCACCCUGAGUGGGCAAAUUGGCUUCCUGAAGCUCAGGUAGUCCAAAGAGCCCUGAAUUCUGCAGCCAACAAUGUGUACCAGUAUGGACGAGAAUGGAUAACUCACAAGCUCCAUAAAAUUCUAGGAGAUAAGGUGAACAAUACUGCUGUAAUUGAAAAGCAAGUACUAGAACUUUGGGACAGACUGUAUCACUCUUGGUUUAUAAAGAAUGUAACACACUCUGGAAGGCACAAAGGACAGAAGCUGCAUGUCAGUCGUCAGAAUAGCUGGCUGGGAGACAUUCUGGACUGGCAGGAUAUCGCUUCCUUUGUUCACGAGAACAUUGAGACAUUUCUUUCGAUCUUGGAGUCUUUGUGGGUUGUUAUGAGCCGAAAUGUGAGCCUGCUGUUCACCACUGUCACUACACUCCUGACCAUCCUCUUCUACAGCGGGACGGCCCUUCUCAAUUUUGUACUUUCUCUGAUAAUUUUCCUGACCACCCUAUUUUAUCUGUUAAGUUCCAGUGAUGAGUACUACAAGCCAGUGAAGUGGGUGAUAAGCCUGACUCCACUAUCUCAGCCUGGUCCUUCUUCUAAUAUUAUUGGCCAGUCUGUGGAAGAAGCUAUCAGAGGGGUGUUUGAUGCUUCCCUCAAAAUGGCUGGCUUCUAUGGAUUGUACACCUGGCUGACUCAUACUAUAUUUGGCAUCAAUAUUGUCUUCAUACCGUCAGCGUUAGCAGCAAUCCUUGGAGCAGUGCCGUUCCUGGGGACAUAUUGGGCAGCAGUACCUGCAGUUCUAGACCUGUGGCUGACACAAGGGUUAGGAUGCAAGGCCGUUUUACUGUUGAUUUUUCAUCUCUUGCCAACAUACUUUGUAGAUACUGCAAUCUACUCUGACAUAUCAGGAGGUGGCCAUCCUUACCUGACAGGCUUGGCAGUGGCUGGCGGAGCAUACUACCUAGGCCUGGAAGGUGCAAUCAUCGGGCCCAUUCUUCUCUGCAUACUUGUGGUUGCUUCCAAUAUCUAUAGUGCCAUGCUAGUGAGUCCCACGAAUUCGGUACCCACGCCAAACCAGACCCCAUGGCCUGCUCAGACUCAGCGGACUUUCCGUGACAUUUCUGAAGAUCUGAAAUCUUCAGUAGGUUGAGAUGGUUUCCUCUGCAGUAAUUUUUCUUGGAAGUUCAAACUUGACAGUGAGUUCAGCCCAGCUGUGGCCUUCUGCCCUUUCAGCUGUGCCUAGCAAGCAGAACCCAGGAAAGAAGCAGAAGCCUCCUGGCCUUAUAUACACAAUGUCUGGAUAAGAGAGAACUUGCUACGGGCUGCUUUGUAUUUUAAAACACAACUUGAGAGUUCAGAAUUGGUGGUUUGCUCACUUAACUCUUGCUAAGAUGGCUUGAAAAGUUUCAUUUUAUACACUGGUUCCAUGGCUUGAAAUUUUUCCACUUUGGUUACCUGUAUUAUGUAUUUAUAAAGUUAUUUUAAGAACUCUAAACUACCUGCUGUUAAAAGAAUAUAUGGUGUAAUUUUUUUCUUGGUUUAAGAAAUCUAUUGUUAAACUUUUCUAAGACAGCCACUUUUCAAGGAAGAGGGCUUUCACUUUUGAACGUGUAGUUGAAUGAGGAAAAAUGAGUCUUCUACCCUUCUCACACAAUGUAUGGUACCCUCUUUAAGAAAGAAUAAAUCAUAAGUGUAAGGAUGAGGUGGCUUAUUUGAUGUUCAGUUUUAUGUUGUAACCCUAGAAGAUACAAAGACUGAAGCUCUUCCUCCUCUUCCUUUUCUCUUCAUGCUCUGUUACACUAUUGCAAAAUUCUAAAAUGUGGCUGACUGCAUCGAAGCGAAAUACUUAUUAAGCUGCCAUGAAAGGUAACAGUAUGAUAAAAUUUAUGCUGUUAUUAGGUUUUCUCCUUCCAGAUGUUUUAAGUGAAAAAUCUCAGGUGUAGCAAUACUCUGAUUUGUUAAAUGUAUCCCUGUUUCAUUAUUUGGAACUCUGCUAAUAAGUUAGUUUUCAGCAGAAUUUUAUAUUUAUGUAGUAUUUUCCCAACUCUUAGCACUGUGCCUUGCACAUGACUCUGAAUGAAUGCUCGUUGAAUUGAAUUGCAACUUUAAAAAAUCUCAAAUAUCACAAUAACCAGCAUAGUGCUUUACAUUUUACAAAGUCCUUUUGCAUAUAUUAUUUCACAAAUAUGUCACAUCAGCUUUCAUAUGACUUUAUAUUAUUUAACAUCAGUUUUACACAGAUGGGGAAGCUAAGGUUUAGAAAAGUGACCAACUCAAAGUUGUAAGUUUUGUAGGAUUCGGCCUCCGAUCUUUGACUCCAUUGUCUGAGACUCUGUUGCACCAGUGUUUCUUCUAAAUAUUGUAUGCAGUUUUCCCAGUGUUAUGAAAUAGCUGUUGCUAUCCAUUUGUUAUGAAUGAAGACUUGUCCUAUAGUAUAUGACAGGGCUGGGAGUGGACUGUUGCUCUUAACUGAACCCUUGCUACUGUUUAAAACAAUCAUCAGGCCUAUCCUCUUGUCCCAAGGGAAUGUGGAGGAGAAAAGGGUUCUCGGCCAGGCUGUAGGUGGUGGCUCACGCCUGUAAUCCCAGCACUUUGGAAGGCCAAGGCGGGUAAACCACUUGAGCCCAGAGGUUUAAGAUUAGCUUAGGCAACAUGGUGAAACCCCGUCUCUACAAAAAAUUAGUCGAGCCUGGUGGUGUGCCUAUAGUCCCAGCUACUCAGGAGGCUGAGGUAGGAGGAUCACCUGAACCCAGGAGGUUGAGGCUGCAGUGAGCCAAGAUGGCGCCACUGUACCCCAGCCUGGGUGAGAGAGUGAGACUCUGUCCCAAAGGAAAAAAAGUGCAGGUGGUUCUUAAGUGUUGAAGAUUUCCUUUUUGGAAAGUAUUUAAAGGUAGAAAUACUAAUAAUUUUUUCUAAAACAUUUCUGUAAGAAGCCACUGAUAAUUAUAAUUAGCUUAAAUUUAUUCUUACACUACUUAAGACAAAUUUCAUUUAGAAAAGGCUACCAUGAGGUCUUCUGACUAUAUGCAGUAGACUACAUACAGAUCUCAUUUCUGUUAUGAAUCCUUUAGCAAUUAUAGUCAACUAUUCCACUAAGUAUUAGAUUUGGUCACUUAGUAACUCAUUCUCUUCUUUAGUCAAUCGUUCCUUCACUAAAACAUUUCUUGAGAAUUUGGUAAACACUAGGCUCCAUGCCAGACACUGUACAAGGUGAUGGAGAUUGCUCAUCAGAAGGCCUCUUGCUCUUAGCCAGAUCGUAUGUAAUACUAAAUUUAAAUUUUUUGCAUUAAAAGGCUAAAAAAGAAAUGAAGUUUGUUUUUGUUAUAUAGAUUAUUUAUAGCUGUAAUUAGCACAUAUUCAUGAGACAUAUAUACAAUGAGUUACUAUGCAUAUACAAAGUGCUUUUAGCUAUAUAAAGUGAUAUUGCAAAAAACUAGAGUUAAUGUUUUUGUUGCUAGGGGAUAAUUAUUAGCAUAAAUAUCAGGUUCUUAGAGGGCUUUAAGAGAAUAAAGCUACCAAAAUUAGCAGCAAUGUUGUAAUAUUACCCCGAAAUAUCAGGAGCAGAGGUGCCCUAGAGUGCUUUACAGCCAUGAUCAGGAAACUUGAACUGCCCCAUUGCUACAGCAACAGCGUAAGGACUAGGAAGGCCAACCAGCUGGGGAGGUCAUCUUGGAACCCUCUGAACCAGAAAGAAGCAUCUCAGCAUGAUUCCUCAGAUGCAGUGAGGAAAGAUUACAGAAUUUUCACAGGGCAACAGAGAUCAAGUGGUAUGAAAAGGAAGGAGUUUUAAGCUCAAGUCUAACAGAUAACCUGCCUUUAGACUCAGUCAGAAUUUGACCCACAAAGAGGAAUUUUCUCCAGGAACAGAUAGGACAUUGAUGAAGGAGAAGUCACUUCAGUAAAAACCGAGUACGGAAAUCUCUCAUAAUAUCUUGCAUUUUGUAGAUUUAUUAAAGAUUAGUUUCAAGUUCACGUUCACUAUUCAGUUGUAAACUGAAUGGACGGGAGGGCAGAAAAUACAAGCUCUCCACAGAGGUAUACUCCUUUCUUAGCUGAGAGAGAAGAAAGCAUGGGAUUUUCAGCAUGAAUUCCAUGUCAUGUGAGUGCUGUUUGGGUUCAAAAGUACUCUCAGUGUCUGUUCCUGAAAGUGAUCUCUGUCAGACCACCUUACAUGCCGGUCUUAGUUAUUUUUAAAAUUGUGAGGUUUCUUCACACCUUCUUUGAUAAGAAGUGGUUAGCUGGCAGAGUUUUCCCUUGAAAUGGCUUGCAGAUGAGAUCUUCUGGCUCACCUUGAUCUUAACAUGAAACCAUUGUGACCUAUCUGGACUCCCUAGGACCUGUGGUUUCCAUUUGGGUUAUGUUAGUGUCUAAGGAGUGUGUCAGUACUGGGCAAGAAAUACUCAGAAAUUCACGCCAUGUGGGGUUAGAUUAGAGCAAAGUAAUUUAGGUGAGCUAUCCAGAGCUUUCAACCUCAGGGUUUGUAGGAGGAAAAAAAAAAAAAAAAAAAAACACUUAGGACUUCUCAUAUUCUAGCCCUGACCUUGCAGUGUCCUCUGAGGGGCCUCCUAAGACCCUUACAAGAAUAUUACAGUAGGGCUUUGUGCAUUUUACAGUGGAACUAGCCUCUGGCAGCAUACUUCAAAUGCUAGUUCCAGCUAAAAACAAAUGAUUUUAAUUUUUAUUAGUUUCUUGUCUUUCAACUUUCUGCCAUCAAAAUAUAUUUAUUUUAUUACUUACUGAUUAUGGGGAACCUGCAAAAAAAAAAAAUACCUGCUGUCUGCAGCCACUGAUUGGUUAUUUUUGAUAGUUUAAGAUAAUUAUAAAUCAAGUUGUUCUUUCUACUAGAGUUAUAGAAAUUCUGUGCUAGAAUGGGCCUUCUACAAUGAGGUGGUCCUGUCAUUUUCUAGAGAAAGACACAAAUUCAUAGGUUUGAGUGGCUUGUCUGACAUAGCCCUACAGCCAGUUGGUAACAGAAUUCAGAGUAAAAUAGAGUUCUUUUUUUCUGUCAGUCCAUGUUCUACUUCUCUUUCCUUGUCCUCAUGGUUAAGCAGCUUUUGGCAAAAUGUGUUCCUUAUAGCAGUAGUUUGAAGAGAUGUUAAUAGAUGUAAGAGAAAAAAAAGUAUGUGUGUGGGUGAUUCCAUGGUCAAUUAAAAUGAAGGAAUGCUGAGUUUGUUUCCUUUCUGUAAAGUUUUGAACAUGCUAUUACACAUUGUGAAUUUAUAAGAGGGGACAGAAACUGUGUUUGACCUUAGACUGCACUUCUCCAUUCCUCAGAGCAUCUCAAAGGACUUUGGGAAACAUGGCCCUCGAUCAGGUUUACAGCUCUUUGGGAAGACAUCCCUAUGGAAAUACUGAAUGGCAGACCUGUUACGGUGGUACCAUGCAGUCUGUAAUAAAUCUUGAAGUUUAGUGAGUUACUAGAAAGCAAGCAUAUUUGCUGUUCAGAGCUAUACUUAAGGUAUAGAGAUUCUUUUCCACCUGUGGUGUGUAAAAUCAGUAUUUGUGUUUAAUUUUGCAGGUUUUUCAAGGAUCAACUAAUGUGCAAAUACAGUGGUGAUAUAUUGAUAUUACAUUUUAAUGCUUUUGUAUGGCACUUAUAGUUUUCAGACACCUUUUGUAACAGCCCUGUGAGAUAGACAAUAUUAUUCUUGUUGUACAGAUGAGGGAACUCUGGAGGCUCUGAAAAGUUGUUGGUGAUACUCCCCUAAGUUUAUGUCACAAAAUGAUGGAGCCAGAAUUCAGUUGCAGAACUUCUGACUCCAAGUCCAGAGUGCUUUACUAGACACCUGGUUCCUUACUAGCUUUCUGCCCGCUUUAUAUUUUACAGUGAAAAGUAUGGAAGCAAAUCCUGAUCAUUUUGGCUUGUUUUCAAAUACGACUUCUUUUUUAUUGCAGUGACCCAGCAGAUGUCAGUCUCAUUGUAGCCAUCCCAAAAACCCUCCUUUGCCCUUUGCAGUGCCACUUAUUUAGGUGACUGAAAUGUAUUUCAAAUACCAUUUGCUUUUGAACUAAGACUGGAUAUAGAGUUGUAAUUGCUUACAUAACUUUUUGAAAAUGUGUCAUCUCUGGGUUCUCAGGCAAAGGAAGACAACUUGAAAGUAAAGAAUAUUCGAAUAUAACAGUAAAUAUUCUCUAUUCUCACACAAAUGCUGUUUCUUAGCUUUAACUUGCUUUGACAACCUACUGAUGUAACUUCUUUGUAAAUGUGAAAAAUUAUAUUUUGAAAUAAAAUUACUAGUGUUGAAUGAA